AUGAAUUUGAUACUCUUCUUGACAGCUAUAUUUCCCUUCAUUGCAGCCGCUGUCGUCACAGGAGCCAAGCAAGAUGAACCAUUGACAGUCACCAAUACACAUUACGUUGACAGCCCAUGUAUCUCAUAUUUUGCUAGCAGUUUAUUACCAAACAACCCAGAAGCAUUGACCACUGGUAUUCCUAUUGUUUUUGUCCAUGCCCGUGAUGGUAAUGGAAACCUAAAGGAAAACAGCCAGGUCAUUUCUACCAUUACUCGUACAAAAACCCACAUAGUAUAUCAGACCGGAACAGCUCAACUAAAGGGCGGAGUUGAAAACGCCCCUAAAGACGAAACUACCGAGAUUGGCAAUUCUACAAACGCAAUAACUUCUUAUUCAACAGCCAUACAAACCACCCUGUCCUGCUCAUCUGAAGGAUGUCAAAUCGUAACAUAUACCACCGUUGUUCCUUGUAUUGUUAGCGACACCACAUAUACAACUACUUCAAGUUCAGACGAGAAUGCAGCUGGCGAAACAGAAUCCAGCACAUUAGCUGGUAAUACUGGGCAAUUAUCUCUCACUACGGAUCUCGCUUCCUUUCAGACAACAUCUGUUGAGAUUGCUCAAACAACAACCACUUCAACUAUUUUCAGCGCAACAGAAACACCUGAAAGCACAUAUAGUCCAUCCACCUCUUUGGAGCCGUUGCCAACAACAAAAUCUGCUCCAGUAACAUCACAAUCCAUUGUGUCAGAGAGCAAGUCAAUCACCAUAGACCUUUCCUCAAUAACAAAUGAUGUGACAAUAUCCAAUAAUGCUACAGAGACAUUUCCUAAUACGAAAAACUCAACGAAUUUACUGGAAUAUUCAUCAACAGCCAGCGAAUUUUCUUCCAAUUCAUUGCAACCGAUUGAAACCACGUUGUCAACCAUAUUGAUCAGCUCUUUGUCAACCGGACCAUACCACAACUCUUCAGUAGCAUUGUCGUCAGACUUAACAAGUGCUACAUCAACUGAAUCAUCUCUAAGCCUCCUUUCCAGCACACAACUUUUGCCAGAAACUUCAUCUGAAGGAGUAUUAUCAUCAAGUUCCUCAACACAAACAGGAGCCGCUAUUGCCGCUACUGAUGUUUGCUAUUCAGGAGAUUUGUUCUCACCUAUUGAUACGAAUGCACCACCUUCAGUCUUUCCUAGACAACAGUUGCCAUUGUCAAUUCCAUCAGGAGUGAACAACAAUGGUGCACCCAUCCAAACGAAUAAAUUCUAUGCCAAUUUGUUUUUGAGCAACCAGGAUCUGAUGGUAUACACCUAUCCUUACGGAAUGUACUGGAGCAAAACAAAUUACUAUGGGUUCGGGGUUCAACACACCAAUAUUUCCAACCGAGUGUUUGGAUCUCAAAAUACAAACAAUGUGGGGGUGUCAUCAUACUAUUUCAAUCCAACCAAUAGUGGGGAAAUGAUUCUCUCAGCCACUGAAUUUGACCGAGAUUCAAUGUACAUGGCACUUAGUGAUAUGACAGAAAUGGCACUCAAAGUCAAAUUGUCGGCCACAGCUGGUGACAGCCUAAACUAUAUCGAGAUUCCAAUUGUUCAGGGUAUGGGAUUUGCCACUGCAAUUUACAACGGUGAUUUGAUUGCCGAAUUAAAUUCGUUAUACGGUAUUCAGACAUUGAAAUUGGAAGAAUCAGAAGCUUUGUUGCCAAAUAUUUUAAAAUACAGGGCCACUUUGUUCAAUGGAGUGGAAUGGUUGAUCUACAUCACGUUACCCGCAGAAGAUGACGACUUUGAAUUUACUGCUGAAGAUUCAUUCCACUUAAGAGCAUCAAAGUCUGUUGAUGGUUUAAUCAUCCAAGUGGCUGUAGCUCCCGAAUCUUCAAAGGACCAGUUUUAUGACGCUGCUGCAGGUAUAUAUGUCACAGAUGCCACAUUACAAGGAACUGUUGCUUGCUCAUCAUCUGCAUCAUACCUGUUUGUUUAUGAAACUUCUGGCUCUUCAUCCAGUGGUAACCCAAUUAUUUUUGCAUUGCCACAUCACCUUCAAACCUUGACUUCAACAGAUGGUGCUACAGGAAUAACAAUUUCAUCACAAACUAAAGGGGAAAUGACAGCAUUCUUAACAAACCAAUUAUCAUUCUCGGAGACAAUUGACAAAAACAUUCAAUUUUUGCCUUACCAUGCUGGAAGAUCGGAUCAAUUGUCUUAUUCUGCUGACCAGUUAAGUUUAAUAGCCAAAUCAGCAAAUGAGGAGCUUGCUGCUGACAUUGCCACUACCGUUGAGAACAUGAACUCAAAUUACUUCUCGGGUAAAGUUAUUGACAAAUACGCACAGAUCUUGUUGGUAGUCAGUGAAAUUAUCAAAGACGAUGCGGUGACAAGUGCUACCUUGGAAGAUUUGAAAGAUGCAUUUGAAACUUUCUUGAAUAACCAGCAGUACUAUCCUUUGAUGUACGAUACGAAAUUUGGUGGGGUUACCUCUACUGCCGCUCAAAAUGGGGACGAUGGUGCCGAUUUUGGAAGUGCCUUUUACAACGACCAUCAUUUCCAUUAUGGCUACUUCAUUCAUGCAGCAGCGGUAGUGGGUUACAUUGACAAAAAGUUAGGUGGAACCUGGGCUAAGGACCACAAAGAUUGGGUAAAUUCUUUAGUUAGGGAUGUGGCAAAUCCAUCAAGAAGCGAUCUGUAUUUCCCUGUGUCAAGAUCAUUUUCCUGGUACGACGGGCACAGUUGGGCGGCAGGAUUAUAUGCAAGCAAUGAUGGUAAAAACCAGGAAUCCAGUUCUGAAGAUACUCAUUUCGCUUAUGGUAUGAAGUUGUGGGGAAAUGUUAUCGAGGAUUAUGCAAUGGAAGCGAGGGGUGGCUUGAUGUUGUCAAUAAUGAGCCGAUCUUUUAACUUGUACUUUUACUACAAGUCUGACAACACUGUGCAACCACAAGAAAUUCUCCCCAACAAGGUUAGUGGUAUAUUUUUUGAAAAUAAGGUCGAUUAUACAACAUACUUUGGCACUCCAGAUCAAAACCCCGAAUAUGUGCACGGUAUCCACAUGUUGCCAAUUACAGCAGCCAGUUCCUCAAUUAGGAUACCGUCUUAUGUCCAGGAGGAAUGGCAGGAUCAAAUUUCAACAUUCAUUGAUAAUGUGGAUAGUGGCUGGACGGGAAUCUUGAGAUUGAACCAAGCACUCAUUGAUCCUCAAUCUUCCUACGAGUUUUUUAGCUCGGAGGAUUGGAAAAGCGGCUACUUGGAUAAUGGACAAAGUCGUACAUGGAGUUUAGCUUUCUCAGCCGGUAUUUUAUAG